AUGGAACAUUUUGACGUCGCAGUUGUCGGACUCGGCGUCCUUGGAAGCGGAGCGGCGUACUAUGCUGCCAAAAAAGGCGCCAAAGUGAUUGCAUUCGAGCAGUUCGAGCUGGGCCAUGUGCGCGGCGCUUCCCAUGAUACUUCGCGUAUUGUACGCACCUCGAAUUUUGCACCCGAAUAUGUGGCCCUGGCCAAAUCAGCCUACAAGGACUGGGCCGAGCUUGAGAAGAUUACCGGCUACGAGAUGUUGACGACCACCGGCGGUGUGGUCUUCUUCGCUCCGGAUUCACCGACAUCAGCGAGCGACUUUGCAAGAAGUCUGGAUACUCACAACGUUCCGUAUGAGCUGCUCGACGCCCAGGAGGUGAAGAGGCGAUGGCCUCAGUUCAAUAUUCCCCACAGCGUGUCUACAGUGUACACAGCCGACUCGGGUAUCGCCCAUGCUGCGAAGACCGUCAGCACCCUGCAGUCUCUGGCGCGUUCCCACGGCGCCAUUCUGAAGGACAACACCCCAGUGGAACGCCUUACUCCCCAGGCCUCCGGCGGUGUCAUAAUCGAGACCCCCAAGGGACGAUUCCACGCAGGCAAGGUGAUCCUUGCAACAGACGCAUGGAUCAAUAAACUCCUCGCUCCGCUUUGCGUACACAUCCCCGUUUCCGUGAUGCAGGAACAAGUAACAUACUUCAAGCCCACCGACGCAGGUACAUUCGAGCCAAACCGAUUCCCCGUCUGGAUCUGGCACGGGGCCAGCUGCUUCUACGGAUUCCCGUGCUACGGCGAGCCGACGAUCAAGGCUGGCCGAGAUUAUUCCAACAAUCUCAUGACGCCGGAGCAACGCACGUUUGUCCACUCGCCGCAACUGCUUGAGCAGCUGACCUCCUUUAUGAAUGGCUUCAUCCCCGACAAGGAUCGCCAACCGCUGCGCACGAUUACUUGUCAGUAUACGAUCACGCCUGAUCGACGUUUCAUCAUCAGCCCGUUGGAAAAUUACCCCGAUAUCAUUGUUGGCUUGGGUGCUGCCCAUGCAUUCAAGUUCGCCCCUGCUUUUGGUCGUGUGCUAGCGGAGCUGGCAGUCGAUGGCCGGACGGAUGAGGAUAUUUCGCAGUGGGGCAUUCCGAAAAGCGCUACUCGAAACGGAAAGCUUUGA